AUGGGCGUGCACGCCAGGUCGAUGAGCUGGUACAUGAGCCCGCCGGGCUCGCCGGCGCCGGGGAGCGCCGCCGAGGCGCAGCACGCGCUGAGCAGCAGCCCCGGGGGCAGCAGCGACGCCAGCUUCGACACCAACAUGGUCAUCAUCCUCGCCGCGCUGCUGUUCGCGCUCCUCUUCGCGCUGGGCCUCAACUCGCUGGCGCGCUGCCUCAUCCGCUGGGCGCGCCGCGCGCCGGCGGCGGCGGCAGGGGAGGCCGGCGGCGCGGGCGGGCUCAAGAAGCGCGCGCUCCGGAGCAUCCCGGUCGAGGUGUACGGCGCGUGCCGCGCCGACGGGGCCGCGGCCGUCGCCGCCGACGUCUGCGCCAUCUGCCUCGGCGAGUUCGCGGACGGCGAGAAGGUGCGCGUGCUGCCGCGCUGCGCCCACGGCUUCCACGUCCGCUGCGUCGACACCUGGCUCCUCUCGCACGACUCCUGCCCCACGUGCCGGGGCUCCGUGCUCGACGGCGCGAAGGCCGCCUCCUCCGCUCCCGCUCCCGCCACCGGGGGCAGCCGGCGGCAGGGCAGCGACGCUGCUGCUGCUGCUGCCAUCGCCAUCGUCAUCGGGUGA